GGGAUGAGUCAGGCUUUAUGAUGCUGAUGAUGCUGCCAUUUCAUCAGCACAUUUUUACAAACAUCUAUGCAUCCUUUAUCAUGAGAGUCUGCGCGCGGUUCGGGUUUGUGUUCGUGGGCUCUCCUGCUGCUGCUGAUGCUGUUAAUUCUGUGAAUGUGAACGAUCUGCCGCUGCUGCUCGCGUGAGCUUCCUGGUAGCUGGAAACUAGUUGCAUAUGGUUUUGUAACAGGCGUGCUGGGGGUGGCCUUGGUUGCUCGGCUGGGGAACGGCGCUGACAGACAGACAGCAGCAUCGCUGAUUUUGCAGCUCGAAACGCGAUGAAGGGCACGGGUUUCGCCAUCGAGAGACACUGACGGUUUGAUCUGAGAUUUCAUGAGAUAUGGAAGCUAUAUGGCUGUACCAGUUCCGAUUGAUCGUCAUCGGCGACUCGACAGUGGGGAAAUCUUGUCUGAUCAGGCGUUUCACAGAAGGCCGUUUUGCGCAGGUAUCUGACCCCACGGUCGGCGUGGACUUCUUUUCCCGUCUGGUGGAGAUUGAACCAGGCAAACGCAUCAAACUUCAGAUCUGGGACACGGCCGGGCAGGAGAGGUUCAGGUCCAUCACCCGCGCGUACUACCGUAACUCCGUGGGCGGCCUGCUGCUGUUUGACAUCACUAACCGUCGCUCCUUCCAGAAUGUUCACGAGUGGCUGGAGGAGGCACGCAGCCACGUACAGCCGCACAGCAUCGUCUUCCUGCUGGUGGGUCACAAGUGUGACCUGGAUGCGCAGCGGCAGGUGAGUCAGCAGGAGGCGGAAAAGCUGGCGGCGGCGUACGGCAUGCGCUACGUGGAGACGUCGGCGCGCGAUGCCAUCAACGUGGAGAGGGCUUUCACCGAGUUGACCCGAGACAUCUUUGAGCUGGUCAAACGGGGCGACAUCACCAUCCAGGAGGGCUGGGAGGGCGUAAAGAGUGGCUUCGUGCCCAACGUAGUGCACUCGUCUGAAGAAGUGACCAAGAGCGACCGCCGCUGCCUCUGUUGAUCGACCAGUGCUUGCAGGUGUACCAUGCUUCUCUGCGAAACCCAGUCAUAUCGUGCUCCCUUAAGCUUGGCAAUCUAACACGGCUAUUUCUUCCCUCUCAGUGACCUUCCAACCCAUGGCCCAACAUAACAUAACAGUGCCCUGCAUUAAUCACAUGGAUACAGUUUAGAACACUUUCUUCUAGGCUUCGGUUUCUCCUGUUUCUUUCAGGUGAACUUCACUACUGGUUUCUAGUGCUUGAUCAUGUUCCAGCGUCAGUUUUAAGUGCAAGAACUGCCCCACCUCACGAAGCUAUGAACUGUGGAACAUGAAAAAGGAUGGGCCCCUGCAUGGAAAACAUAAACAUAACCAGGACAAGGACCACUUGAGUAAACGUGAAUGCCUUGCCUUUUUGACUUGAUCCACGUCUUUUGACCCCAAGACAGAAGCAAAGUUCACAUGUCUUGAUUUAGUCAUCGGUGCCCCGCCUCACUAUAAAUAAGUGACUUGAAAGGGGAUGUGAAAGAGGAGAACGAAUCAAAUCAGAGAAUCUGUGCAUCUGUGCUUGUUAGUUUUCUUCAGCAAAUGCAUUGUGUCCGUCAUUCCAGCAUAUACACACAUUCACUCUUUCUUUACUGAAUUAUUUUAGGUCAAUAUGAACUGAAAUGUCCAACAAUUAAAAAGUUUUGACUUCUGUUUUUUCUUUUUAUGUCAAGCAUAUCUUUGGUCACUCUGUUUAAAACACUUUGUGAGCUUUACGUUGAGUUUUACAGUGUUCACGCUCGUCCCCAUAUAUAGUCCAAGCCCCUGUUCUGUCCCCUAUUAUGACCACAUGCUUUGGUCCAAUACAGAAGUCACCUUUAUACAUUUACAUCUGUUUGUCGAAAAUGAUUUGAUUUUAAAAGUUGUUCUUAAAUGCCUCAAUUACUGAUUUACUGUAAACUCUGACUUUCACUUCUUCAUUGGGAAGUGAGUCGGAACCUUUAGGGUUCAGAGAGAGAGAGAGAGAUGAGUGGAGGAGGACAGAUGUUUGUGCGUGUGUGUGUGUGUGUGUGUGUGUGUGAACCAAACCCGGUUAUCUGACAUUCCUGUCACAAAAAUCGAAAUUGCACGCCUAACAUCCUAAUCUGUAUAUUGCAGCAUCUCACGCCCUUACUAUAUUUUUAAUUCCUAUGCCUAUCUCUUUGAAUGACUGUUCAUAAGGGAAUCUUUUUUUUUUUUGGAGCCUUCUUCACUCUUUCAUCUCCAUCUCCUGUCACUUCGGACCGGUAGCUGCUGAGAUGCAUAUUUUUUGUUGACUUACUGACCAAUACAUUUUCAUUUAACAGGUUUAAAUGACUAUUAACUAUGUAUUUAUGGAUCUUGUAAGAAAGUCCAAAUGUAAUACCAAUAAAAUGUGACUUGAAAAAAAAA